UGGGGUGGAGCAAGAGAAGCAGCAGAGGGAGGAGUUGGUGCUGCCGCGGCAGUCGCGGUGGUCGCCGGCCGUCGCCGUCGCCGCCGGGGCUUCUGUGACUUCUCCCGGAGUGUGAGAUCGGAGUCCACGCGUGUGGAUUUGUUGCCGCCACCGGCUGCGUAGCUCCGGAGGACAGAAAAAACAGGCAAGAAUACUGAAGUGGGUUGCCAUUUCCUUCUCCAGGACAUCUUCACAACCCAGGGAUUGAACCCGUGUCUCCUGCAUCACAGGCCAACUCUUUACCACUGAGCCGCCAGGGAAGCCCAAUUAAGGAGUAUUUUCUACUUAUUUAUUGCUAAUUGGAAUGUAAAGAAGAAAUCAAAAUGGAUCUGAGUAUGAGUGUGAAUUCUGUCACCAUCUCUGUUGAGGGAAUGACAUGUAGUUCCUGUGUUUGGACCAUUGAACAGCAGAUUGGAAAACUGAAUGGUGUACAUCAUAUCAAAGUUUCACUGGAAGAAAAAAAUGCAACUAUUAUUUAUGACCCAAAACUACAAACUCCAAAGACCCUGCAGGAAGCUAUUGAUGACAUGGGCUUUGAUGCUGUUCUCCACAAUCCUAAGCCUCUCCCUGUUUUAACUGAAACUGUGUUUCUGACUGUUACUGCUUCACUGGUUCCGCCAUGGGACCAUAUCCAAAGCACAUUGCUCAAGACCAAGGGUGUGACAGAUAUUAAAAUUUCCCCUCAGCAGAGAACUGCACUGGUGACAAUAAUCCCUUCUAUAGUGAAUGCCAAUCAGAUAGUAGAGCUGGUUCCUGAUCUCAGUUUAGGUACUGGAACUCUGGAGAAAAAGUUAGGAACUUGUGAAGAUUAUAGUAUGGCUCAACCAGGUGAAGUCAUGCUGAAGAUGAAGGUGGAAGGGAUGACCUGCCAUUCAUGUACCAGCACCAUUGAAGGAAAAAUUGGGAAACUGCAAGGUGUUCAGCGAAUUAAAGUUUCCUUGGACAAUCAAGAAGCUACUGUUGUUUAUCAGCCUCAUCUUAUCACAGCAGAGGAAAUAAAAAAGCAGAUUGAAGUUGUGGGCUUCACAGCAUUCAUCAAAAAACAGCCCAAAUACCUCAAAUUGGGAGCUAUUGACAUAGAACGUCUAAAGAACACACCAGUCAAAUCCUCAGAAGGAUCACAGCAAAGGAGUCCAUCAUACACCAGUAAUUCAACAGUCAUUUUCACCAUAGAUGGCAUGCAUUGUAAAUCAUGUGUGUCAAAUAUUGAAAGUGCUUUAUCUACACUCCAACAUGUAAGCAGUGUAGUAGUUUCUUUAGAGAAUAAAUCUGCCAUAGUAAAGUACAAUGCAAGUUUAGUCACUCCAGAAACACUGAGAAAAGCAAUAGAGGCCAUAUCACAAGGGCAAUAUAGAGUUAGUAGUGCAAGUGAAAUUGAGAGUACCUCAAAUUCUCCCUCCAGCUCAUCUCUUCAAAAGAGUCCUUUGAAUGUAGUUAGCCAGCCUCUAACUCAAGAAACUGUGAUAAACAUUGAUGGCAUGACUUGUAAUUCUUGUGUGCAGUCUAUUGAAGGUGUCAUAUCAAAAAAGGCAGGUGUAAAAUCCAUACAAGUAUCACUUGCCAAUGGCAAAGGGACUGUUGAGUAUGAUCCUUUACUAACCUCUCCAGAAACCUUGAGAGAAGCAAUAGAAAACAUGGGAUUUGAUGCUUCCUUGUCAGAUACAAGUGAGCCAUUGGUUGUAAUAGCUCAGUCCUCAUCAGAAAUGCCACUUUUGACCUCAACUAAUGAAUUUCACACCAAAAUGAUGACACCAACUCAUGACAAGGAGGAGCCAAAGACUUCAUCUAAGUGUUAUAUACAGAUCACUGGUAUGACUUGUGCUUCCUGUGUAGCAAACAUUGAACGGAAUUUAAGACGAGAAGAAGGAAUAUAUUCUGUACUUGUGGCUCUGAUGGCUGGCAAGGCAGAAGUGAGGUAUAACCCUGCUGUCAUACAACCCCCAGUGAUAGCCGAGUUAAUCCGAGAGCUUGGAUUUGGAGCCAUUGUGAUAGAAAAUGCUGAUGAAGGAGAUGGUGUUUUGGAACUUGUUGUGAGAGGAAUGACAUGUGCUUCCUGUGUCCAUAAAAUAGAAUCUACCCUCACAAAACACAGAGGGAUCUUCUACUGCUCUGUGGCCCUGGCAACCAACAAAGCACAUAUUAAAUAUGAUCCAGAAAUUAUUGGUCCCAGAGAUAUUAUUCAUACAAUUGAAAGCUUAGGUUUUGAAGCUUCUUUGGUCAAGAAGGACCGGUCAGCAAGCCACCUAGACCAUAAACGAGAAAUAAGACAAUGGCGACGGGCCUUUCUUGUGAGCCUGUUUUUCUGUAUACCUGUAAUGGGACUGAUGAUAUAUAUGAUGGUUAUGGACCACCAUCUUGCAAGUCUUCACCAUAAUCAGAACAUGAGUCAAGAAGAAAUGAUCAGCAUUCAUUCUUCUAUGUUCCUGGAGCGCCAGAUCCUGCCAGGAUUGUCCAUUAUGAAUUUGCUAUCUUUUUUAUUGUGUGUUCCUGUACAGUUUUUUGGAGGCUGGCACUUCUAUAUUCAGGCCUACAAAGCACUGAAGCAUAAAACUGCAAAUAUGGAUGUAUUGAUUGUGCUGGCAACCACCAUUGCAUUUGCUUACUCUUUGGUUAUUCUUCUGGUUGCAAUGCAUGAGAGAGCCAAAGUGAACCCUGUUACUUUCUUUGACACACCUCCUAUGCUAUUUGUGUUUAUUGCACUAGGCCGGUGGCUGGAACAUGUAGCAAAGGGCAAAACAUCAGAGGCUCUUGCCAAACUAAUUUCACUACAAGCUACAGAAGCAACUAUUGUAACUCUUGACUCUGAUAAUAUCCUCUUGAGUGAAGAGCAAGUGGAUGUGGAACUUGUACAACGUGGAGACAUUAUUAAAGUGGUUCCAGGAGGCAAAUUUCCAGUAGAUGGGCGUGUUAUUGAAGGACAUUCUAUGGUAGAUGAAUCCCUCAUCACAGGAGAGGCAAUGCCUGUGGCAAAGAAAUCUGGAAGCACAGUGAUUGCUGGUUCCAUUAACCAGAAUGGGUCACUCCUUAUCCGUGCAACCCAUGUUGGAGCAGACACAACCCUUUCUCAAAUUGUCAAACUUGUAGAGGAGGCACAAACGUCAAAGGCUCCUAUCCAGCAGUUUGCAGACAAACUCAGUGGCUACUUUGUUCCUUUUAUUGUUAUUCUUUCCAUUGCUACCCUUUUGGUUUGGAUUAUAAUUGGAUUUCUGAAUUUUGAAAUCGUGGAAACCUACUUUCCCGGCUACAACAGAAGUAUAUCCCGAACAGAAACAAUAAUACGCUUUGCUUUCCAAGCCUCUAUCACAGUUCUGUGCAUUGCAUGCCCCUGUUCACUGGGACUGGCCACUCCAACUGCUGUGAUGGUGGGUACAGGAGUAGGUGCUCAAAAUGGCAUACUAAUCAAAGGUGGUGAGCCAUUGGAGAUGGCUCAUAAGGUAAAGGUAGUGGUAUUUGAUAAAACUGGAACCAUUACCCAUGGAACCCCAGUAGUGAAUCAAGUAAAGGUUCUAGUGGAAAGUAACAGAAUAUCACGCAAUAAGAUCCUGGCUAUUGUGGGAACUGCUGAAAGUAAUAGUGAACACCCUCUGGGAGCAGCCAUAACCAAAUACUGCAAACAGGAGCUGGACACUGAAACCUUGGGUACCUGCAUAGAUUUCCAGGUUGUGCCAGGCUGUGGCAUUAACUGUAAAGUCACCAAUAUCGAAGGCUUGCUACACAAGAAUAACUGGAAGAUAGAGGAAAAUAAUAUUAAAAAUGCAUCCCUGGUUCAAAUAGAUGAGAGUAAUGAACAGUCAUCAACUUCGUCUUCCAUGAUUAUUGAUGCUCAGUUCUCAAAUGCUCUUAAUGCUCAGCAGUACAAAGUUCUCAUUGGCAACCGGGAGUGGAUGAUUAGAAAUGGUCUUGCCAUUAAUGACAAUGUAAAUGAUUCCAUGGCUGAACACGAGAGAAGAGGUCGGACUGCUGUACUGGUAGCAGUUGAUGAUGAGCUGUGUGGUUUGAUAGCUAUUGCUGAUACAGUGAAGCCUGAAGCAGAACUGGCUGUCCAUAUUCUGAAAUCUAUGGGCUUAGAAGUUGUUUUGAUGACUGGAGACAACAGUAAAACAGCUAGAUCUAUUGCUUCUCAGGUUGGCAUUACUAAAGUGUUUGCUGAAGUUCUACCUUCCCACAAGGUUGCUAAGGUGAAGCAACUUCAAGAGGAGGGGAAACGGGUAGCAAUGGUAGGAGACGGAAUCAAUGACUCCCCAGCUCUGGCAAUGGCUAAUGUUGGAAUUGCUAUUGGCACAGGCACAGACGUAGCCAUUGAAGCAGCUGAUGUGGUUUUGAUAAGGAAUGAUCUUCUGGAUGUAGUGGCAAGUAUUGAUUUAUCAAGGAAGACAGUCAAGAGGAUUCGGAUAAAUUUUGUCUUUGCUCUAAUUUAUAAUCUGAUUGGAAUUCCCAUAGCUGCCGGAGUUUUUAUGCCCAUUGGUUUGGUUUUGCAGCCCUGGAUGGGAUCUGCUGCAAUGGCUGCUUCAUCUGUUUCAGUAGUACUUUCUUCACUCUUCCUUAAACUUUACAGGAAACCAACUUAUGAGAAUUAUGAACUACGUGCCCGAAACCAAAUGGGACAGAAAAGUCCUUCAGAAAUAAGUGUUCAUGUUGGAAUAGAUGAUACCUCAAGAAAUUCUCCUAAACUGGGUUUGCUGGACCGAAUUGUUAAUUACAGCAGAGCUUCCAUAAAUUCACUACUGUCUGAUAAACGAUCACUAAACAGCGUUGGUACCAGUGAACCUGACAAGCACUCACUCCUGGUCGGAGACUGCAGGGAAGAUGAUGACAGUGCGUUGUAACAGGCCACAGAGAAUGCUGCUAGAUGAUGUUGUCCUGCACUGACACAGUAUUCCAGAUCACCUUAGCUUUUUAAAAUAUUGCAAGGCUUUAUGUUGGUCUCAUGCUCUCAUGUUAGGGAACCUAUUUGAACUGCAUUUGUCUGAUGGCAAAAAUAUCUUUUUCAGGGCAUCAGCUCAGAACCUAGCUUUAUUGAAAAUGAAAUUCCAGUAUUUUUUGUUUUCACUAGCAACAGAUAAAGUAGAGCAGUGAGGUUUACAAGUCCUACAGCUGAAGAUGCUGAAUUGCUGCUGAAAUCAUAAAUAAUUUUUUAUUUGACUAAAAGUUCAAGGAAAGAUAAUUAAACAUUGUAAAAUUUAGGUGCGUAAUCUUGAGAUUCUGGAGCCUUUCUCCCUGCCUGCCAGAUUGGGGAGCAGUGGCUUUCAAAGCACUGUAUAAAACGUCUAGUUUUUGAAGAAAAACAGUAGAAAUUGUUUAAAAAUAGACGUGCCUUAUUUAUUACAGGCUUUCUUCCCCUCUUAUUCUCCCUGCAUCUUGGUCUUUGCGGUUGCUUUCUUAGAUGCCCUAGUGUGUUUAACUUUUGUUAUGUUCUUUCAAGUGAGCUAAGUGUAGAUAGUUUCUCAUUGACAAAAGUAACUGACAAAUUUUCCAGUACCACCUUUGUUUCUUUAUCUUGUAGCUCAAAGACCUUAAGGGCCUAUAUAGUUCCCUGCUUCCCAUCUUUCCACUGCUAUAAAAAAUGGAUCAGAUUCUUCCUUCAAUGACUUCCUAGCUCUGUGUAAUCUUUCAGUUCACUCCUGCUGAGUUCAGCUAUAAGUUCUUAUGGUCUGUCAGCCUCAAUUCAGGAACUUAAGAUUUUGUGCCACUUCUACAAUUGAUUUUUUUUUUCAAAGAUUGACACUACCAUCUUUAGCAUAUACUGGUCAUAAAGUUACCUUGUUCUGCUUGCUGUUGUUCAGUCACUCAGUCACAUCUAACUCUAUGCCACCCCAUAGAUUGCAGCAUGCCAGGUUUCACUGUCCUUCACCAUCUCCCAGAGCUUGCUCAAACUCAUGUCUAUUAAGUCGGUGAUAUCAUCCAACCAUCUCAUCCUGUGUCAUCCCCUUCUCUUCCUGCCAUGAAUCUUUCCCAGAAUCAGGGUCUUUUCCAGUGAGUCAUUUCUUCAUAUCAGAUGGCCAAAGUAUUGGAGCUUCAGCUUCAGUGUCAGUCCUUCCAAUGAAUAUUCAGGGCUGAUUUCCUUUAGGAUUGACUGGUUUGAUCUCCUUGCAGUCCAAGGGACUCUCAAGAGUCUUCUCCAACACCCCAGUUCAAAAGCAUCAAUUCUUCGGCGCUUAGCCUUCUUUAUGUCCAUCUCUUACAUCCAUACAUGACUACUGGAAAAACCACAGCUUUGACUAUAUGGACCUUUGUUGGCAAAGUAAUAUCUCUGCUUUUUAAUAUGUUGUCUAGGUUGGUCAUAGCUUUUCUUCCAAGGAGCAAGUGUCUUUUAAUUUCAUGGCUAUGGUCACAGUCUGUGACUGGAACCCAAGAAAAUAAAGUCUGUCACUGUUUCCAUUUAUUCCCCAUCUAUUUGCCCUGAAGUGAUGGGAUCAGAUGCCAUGAUAUUCGUUUUUUGAACGUUGAGUUUUAAGCCAGCUUUUUCACUGUCCUCUUUGACUUUCAUCUAGAGGCUCUUUAGUUCCUCAUUACUUUCUGCCAUAAGUGUGGUGUCAUCUGCAUAUCUGAGGUUGUUGAUUCCAGGUUGUGCUUCAUCCAUCCUGGCAUUUCGCGUGAUAUACUCUGCAUAUAAGUUAAACAAGCAGGGUGACAGUAUAUAGCCUUGAUGUACUCCUUUCCCAACUUACAACCAGUCUACUGUUCCUUGUCUAGUUCUAACUGUUGCUUCUUGACCUGCAUACAGGUUUCACAGGAAGCAGGUAGGUGGUCUGUACUCCCAUCUCUUGAAGAAUUUUCCAGUUUGUUGUGAUCACAAAGUCAAAGGCCUUAGUGUAGUCAGUGAAGCAAAAGUAGAUGUUUUUCUGGAAUUCUCUUGCUUUUUCUUUGAUCCAGUGGAUGUUGGCAAUUUGAUCUCUGGUUCCUCUACCUGUUCUCAAUCCAGCUUGAACAUCUGGAAGUUCUCUGUCCACAUACUGUUGAAGCCUGGUGUGGAGAAUUUUGAGCAUUACUUUGCUAGCAUGUGAAAUGAGUGCAGUUGUGCACUAGUUUGAACAUUCUUUGGCAUUGCCCUUCUUUGGGAUUGGAAUGAAAACCUGGAUUCACUAAAUCUGUCCUUUUUGGAGAGAAUAUAAGACAUUAGCUGAUAAUUUAAUGGUUUUCUCCCAUUUAUUUUUAUUAGUUGGAGGCUAAUUACUUUACAUACAUAUUUAUAAUUUAAUAGAUUUUAAUUGUCUUAUUGUUUUAGAUAAUCUCUCAAAAUGAUUUUAAAAUAAUGCCAUUACACUAAGCUGCUUUUUCCAAAAACUAUAGUAAAUUGUAAUACAGAAAUGAGAAUUUCCCUAGGUUGUGAUACCUUUUAGCCAAAUCUAUAUUUGUCUGUAGUUUAAAAUAUUUGCACUUGCUAGUUAGUGUGAUUGGCAGAUUUAUGGGCUCCUCAUUGGCAUAUAAAUUUAGAAAUUGCCCUGUGAGUACCUGGGAGUUAAUACAUUGGUCAGAGGCCUGGUACUUGUAUGACUAUUUAAAUUAACUUGUUAACUGCAAGGUGGAUUUCAGAUGCAGAAUAUGUAAGUGAAAAAAACUCAUAAGUUCCUAAUAUCUAUUCCCAUUGUCACAUGUAAAGCUGCUAACUCAAUGCCUAGCACAUAAGAUUUAUACUCAGUAAAUAUUAGUUAUUAUAUCCCCUUGAGGUCAGUAAUAAAUAUUAAAAAUUGUUUUUACAGAGCAGAGUCAAAUCCUGUGGGAGUAGGGGAUGGGUUUCUUCUUCCCCAACUUCCUUUUUCUCUUGUUCUGUCAUACAAACUCAAAAAGUUUACAACAUAAUUCCACAUUGACUUUUCAGAUUUGGAAAAGAUCUCAUUUUUAUCUCAGCUAUCUUAAGAGAACUAAAAUGUGAUGAGGGUGCUUUUAAUCUAGAAAAGCAAACCAAUUUUAAUGAAGUAUGAAUGAAUUUGUAUGUCCAGGCUCUUUUUAGACCAGUGCCUAUGCCAUCGUCCAUGCUUUCAAUUUGAAUUUUAAUACUUGUUUCUUAUUUUAAUUCCAGUGGUCCAUCAUACCAUAACUUGUUUCUUCUAGAAGAAAUAACUAAUACAAAAAAAUGUAUAGUAGAGACUUUUGAAAAAAGUGACACCUUUCCCCUCAUUCUCAUUCCUGUCUCUCUGAAGGACUUGAACAUAGCCAGUUACUACUUUUAUUAUCAUGUGUGUGUUAGAGUUGUCCAUUUGGCCCCACAUGGCAAGAGAUGCACGUCAUGGGACAAUGAGAAGAAAGCCUAUAUAAUCUGAGAAAAAUCAAGAAUAUAAUUUAGCCUUUUGUGCAGGAAUAGAAAACAUGCUGUUUCGAAAGAAUCCUGCUUUAAAUAUCUGUCACUAUCUUUGAAUUCUCUUCCACAAGUCUCUUGCAAUCCUGAGCUCCCAUUAGCUUCACAGAGCAUCUGUAGUCACCAAAGAGAGAGGUGAUAUAUGGAGUGGAUCAAAAACACUGCUUUUAGUUAGUAACUAGCUUUAGGUAAUUAUUUACUAAUGAGAACAAAUUUUAUAAAUGUGUGUAUAAGCAUCUGUGUUUACUCGUAUCAUACACAUAUGCACAUGUUACCAUAUAGAAGGAAAUGGAUUUAUAUUUGAAUUUGAUAUUAGAAUAUUUGAAGUUUGAUUUUUGUUGUUCCUUCAUCACUCUUCUGUAUUCAUUCAGCAACCAUGCCCUCAGUCUGAUGAUAACAAGGAUGUUUUCAUAUCCAGUGCUGAUUCAGACUCAACUAAGGGGCAUCUUUUAUCUUAAAUACCCAAAGAUGCCUUUUAAAUUUCAAAGGUUAAACAUAACUAUUUAGUGUCAUAGUCUAAAGAAGUAUGGUUGUCAGUUGUGACAAUAGAAGUGUUAUUUUUCCUAGUUUAGUAUCAACAUUUUAGAGUAUUAGAUUUGAUGCCUUGCGAACAAAUAAUUUUAUAUUUUGCUUUAACUUUUUAAAAGUUAUUCUUCUAUUGGAUGUAUUCCUUGUUAAGAAUACUUAAAAUUGCAUUGUAGUCAAAAUGUUUCCAAAAAUUUAAGUGUCCAUAUCUUUUAUAUACACAGCUUAAAAAUCAAAAAUGUAUGUUCUUAGAGAAUUUUUUCCAUUACUUGUGGAUCUUGCUUUAAAAUUAUUUUCCUUAGUAUUUAUUUUACUCUAUUUUGUUAUUUUCUUUGGGUGAGGCAUCUGGUUACUGGUUGUUUUAAUAAGAACAAAAACAUUUCUGGACUCACUCCUUUUAGGUUUUUUUGUUUCUUUUCUAUAAAAAUACUGUUUUACCAAAUAUAAAAAAUUUAGAUUCAUGCCAAAUUAUUAGCUGUUUUUACACUAACUUUCUGUAGUCUUUCUGAAAGUUUAUCUGGUAUGGGUAACCAGAUAAAGUACAAAAGCACGAAUUCUUGUUCUUCAAUGAAAAGAGCUUCUGUAAUGGCAUUGAUAAUAAAUGCCUUUUAUAGCCAAAACCAGGCGUCUCAACCUUAUGCUUUUAGUUAAAGAAAUGUUUAAUUAACCAUUGUUGAACAUUGAUUGUUUAAUACCCAAAACGUCAGUGGACAAUGUUGUGCAAUAAUCAUCUACUGUAGUCAAGAUAUUCAGUAGUUCGUUUUUCCAUAAGCAUGCAGUUGAUCAUAUUUCUGCCAAGGAUGUGCCUUCAACUUUACAAUUAUAGUAUUCUAAAAAAAAGA